AUGGAGGAUAUCUUCGCUGACGUCGCAUCGAAGCGUCCACCGCGUAAGAAGCAGAAAAUAGCGCGCACCUGCAUGAUCUGCAUAGGCGACAUCGACAUUCGAACACCUUGUCCGAGCUGCCUCGGUCUCUACUGCAGCUCAUGUCUGCAGGAUAUGUUCACCGCCGCCGUGAAAGACCAGACUCGCUUUCCCGUCCGCUGCUGCGGCUUGAUCCAGAUACACCACGUUCUACCAGAGCUCGACACUGGUGUCGCUAAAGCGUAUCGAGUCGCAUUCGAAAAUUGGAUGACCGCCAACAAGCUCUACUGUCCAAAGCCAACGUGCUCGGCCUUCAUUCCUGAACCCGUUCAAGCUGACGGCUUCUCUUGCCCGAAGUGCGAGGCCAGAGUCUGCACCAAGUGUCUCAAGCAAGAACACAUCGGCGCAAGAUGUGAUACAUCAGAAGAGGACAAGAUCAUGGCGAUAAUUUCCGAGUUCGGGUAUAAGAAGUGUCCGUGCUGCGGCCAAGGCGUGAAGAAAAUGUUUGGCUGCCCGCAUGUGUAA